CUUCCCGUGUUGAUCAGCGGGUAAAAGGUUGAUGAUAAAAAGCGUCGAAGAUCUCUCUGAAUAUGUACGGUCCACAUUCUUCUAAAUCAUCACCUAUCGCUUCUUUUGAUUCUGUCAUCCUUCCGUGAAGGUCAUCUUUCUUCAUUCCUUAUCCUGUUCUAUUCAUUCGUUCGUUCUUGGCCGGCAUCAAGCAUUUUUCUCACUUGCAUAUAAUAAUAUAUCAAUUACCGUUAAUAAUACCACUACCCUAUCAAUACCCAUCCCGCCGUCAUAAUGCGUACCUCAUUCUCUAUCGCAGCUCUCCUCGUCGGAACUGCAGUCGCAGCACCUAUCAUCCCUUUCGUCACCACGACCGCAGUAAUACCCCUGCAGGAAGAUGGUGGUGUCGGCGCAUUAAGCGCGGCGACGGAGAUCAGCCGACGACAAAGCUCUAAAAAGGCCUGCUUCAUCAUCGGCAGCAAGACGCUACCCAAAGAAGUCGCCGACAUCGCCACCAGCCUAGCCUCGACCGUUUCGUGCGACAGCUCCGCUAAGACCAUCUCCGGCGUCCCGGAUGUCAAGUCCGGAUCGACAACCUUUUCUUCCAUCGACUUCAGCAAGUCCAAGCAGACCGGCCUCCAGUUCGCGCUGUCGAAGUUCGCGACGGCCGAACCCCUCGCCAGCACGGACCUAAAGAAGUUCCAGGACAUGCUGAACGUGUACCAGGCCACCGAGGCCGGUAUCCGCAGCGUCGGCGGCUCCUUAGCCAUCAAGGUGCCCAAGUUCUUCCUUGAGAUGCAAGUGAGCCGCAUCCAAACUGCCCAAGGAAACCCCCCCUCCGCCCCUGGGCUGCAGGUUGACCACCUCCGUGACAAGGUCCUGAAAAACGCACCUAAGGAGUCCUCGGCCCUGCUAAACCAGGUUAAGCAACUUGCCACUCAGCUGAAAUAGAUGACUCUGGGAGGGGAUUCAAUAGAUAGGUAGACAUGAUAGCCAAAAUAUUUGCAUAUGACUUGAGCAUUAUUCGCGAGACGUUGAAUCUGGCUGAUCUAGCU